AAUUUAUGUUUUCACAAACAAAAAAAAAAAAAAACAAAAUUCAAAACAAACGAGGAAAAAAAAUCGACACACCAAAAAAAUGUUGUUGAUAAUUUUCAUCAACACCGAAGGGGGAGCAGCAACAGCAGUCGAUGGCAGGCAGCAGCAGCAGCAGCAUCAUCAUCAUCUCAAGCAAAAACGACGAAUUUCACUUCAUGGCAAAAUUAUUGAAAAUUUUAUAGAAUUUUUUGGUUUCUAUUUUUUGGGGGAGAAUUUAGUUUUCGCCAAGAGCUCGUGGAGAUAAAAUCGUUGGGUCUUUGUCGAUAAGCAGUGAGCGUGAGCGCUUCUUUCUUUUGGGCUACAAAGCAUUUCUAAUAUUUUUGUUUGAAUAUUAAAUAGAUAUAGAAGAGUACACCUGCAAGUUGUGACCACCGCCAUGGAUUCUUCAAAUAACAACAACUUUGAAACCAAUUUCGGCUUGGACAUCUUCACAAAUCUACUGAGUGCCAAUGACAGUGCCUGCUGUGAAGAAAAUUUCAUUAUAUCACCUUUUCUAAUUGAGGCUUUACUCUCUCUUAUGUAUCUAGGAUCGGACGGCAAGACAGCCGAGGAACUUAAAACCAAACUGCAACUGCAACGUUUUCCCAAUAAUGCCAAAAUGGCCAGCUAUUUCGCCGGCAAUCUGGCUGCCAUUACCCAGGCCUCUCCAGAUACCCAGCUGGAGAUGUGCUCCAGAAUUUUUGUUAAUGACACCUACGAAUUGGAUAGUGAAUUUCAAAAAAUCGCCUACAAAUAUUUCCUAACCCAAGUGGAGAAACUCAGCUUGGCCAGCAAGGCCAAAUUGGAGGAACACAUCAAAAUGGCAAUACAACAAACUCUUAAAUUAAACUCCGCUGCUUCCUUCCAAAGCUUGGAGGAUAAUAGCAAAGCUUUGCUAUUAAUGGCAGCAAAUUUCAAGAAUAAAUGGUUUUUGCCCUUCAGCGCCUAUCGUUCGGGCCUCUAUGAGUUCCAUGUGUCUCCGGAUUGUGUCAAACCCAUACCCAUGAUGUUGGACGAUGAAAUGUUUGUAAAAUUUGUGGAAUUAAAGGAAAUGGAUGCCCGUGCUGUGGAGUUGCCCUAUGAACAUGACGAUGAGAUUUCGAUGCUUUUGAUACUGCCCAAUCGCAGGGAUGGCCUUAAGGAUUUGGAACAGAAAUUGAGAAAUGUCAAUUUAUCCUCCAUCUCUGAGCAAAUGCAAAUGGAAAGUGUGCAACUGUUGUUGCCAAAAUUCAAAAUCGAUUUCGAAUGUUCACUAAGGCAGGUGUUGCAAAAGAUGGACUUUUCCUUGUUAUUCUCAGAGGAAUCGAAUAUGAAAAAUCUCCUGUCAUCACAAACAUCGACAAUAUCAACACUACCCAUUGCCGAUAUCUUGCAUAAGGUUAGCCUGGAGGUGAAUGAAUCGGGAACAGAGUCAUCAAACAUUGAAGCCACCAAACCAAUUGUCAUCAGUAACUCAAUUGAUACACGGCAAAAAUUCUUCCGUGCCGAUCAUCCAUUCUACUUUGCCAUACGUAACAGAGAUGCCACCUACUUCAUGGGACAUGUAGUGAAGUUUUGAAGUGUGAAGCCUGUAAUAUGUUUAGAAUUAAGUUUGCUUAUUAAAAAAUAAGAAGAACCAUAAAAUCCCAUAAAAUGUUAUGUAUCCUUAAAUACUUAAAGUAAGCAACUGAUUGUCUGUUAUGGGAUUAUCGCUUAUUGGGAUUUUGAUGAUGAAACUAUCUUUAGCUACCAAAUUUCCAAAUUUCGCUGUUAGAUUCGUAAUUUACUCCCAAAGGGGCUUCUUAUUAAAGUGCCAUAUCAACCCCAUCGGUUGUAAAAUUUACUACGAGUUUUAUGUAGAAUAGAGUGGCAUUUUUACAAAAUCAUCUCAUUUGAAUACUGUCUCAUGUGUCAUUUCAAGUUGAAUAACUCCCCUUAACCCUUCUUACAAAGAACUUACCUAUCUCUAACCUUAGCCUUCAUAUAUUUUAAGGAAAAAAUGCAUUUAAAGAUUUUUUUUGUUGAAAAUUGGUUUUAUUUCAAGUUAAAUUUUAGUUUUUUUUCCUGUUUUAGGUUUAUGUUUUUUUUAUAGUAUGAGAGAUUCUGUUUGUUUUAUGUCGACCUUUUUUUAUUUAAUACAUAGAUACAUAUUUCAAAACUGUUUGAUUUUCAUUAAUGUUGGGUUUUUUUCCAUAUGGUUCAUGAGAGAAUUUCGUUUGGAUUUUUUUCUUAUUUUUUUUUUGUAAUUAUUUCAUUUGUAUGUAAAUGGAAUAUACAAUUAAAAAUUAUUGUUGCUAGUGUGUGUGUGUGUUUUUUUUUUUCAAAUUAAUUUAUUUUAAUAUUUAUUUUAGGAAUAUUAAUUAUGUGUAUUUGUUUAAAUUUAUUAGCCUUUAAUUUAUUUAUACUUAAAAAUAUAUCUAUGUGUGAGUAUGUAUGUAUGAGUAUGUAUAUAUGUUUGUAUAUGUACAUAUGUUUGCUAGUUCAUGACUUAAAUUUAAAUUUAUUUGAUUUACUGUUGAAUUUUUGGUUUUUGUUAUUUUUCUCUCCUUUCUUUAGUUGCUUAUCUAAAUUUUAAAUAAAUUCAUUUGUAAGUUA